ACUUCAGGACCAGACCUCUCCCUCUCUCUAUAUAUCUUCACGAGUGAAACCAACUCUCCCCUCUCUCGAAAACAGCAGUAACAAUGGCGGAGAAGUCGAGCUUCUUCGUCCAUUUCACCUUUCUUCUGCUCAUUACAAUAACAUGUUGUCAAGGAGGGAGGAGUCCUUUGCGGCGUUGGUCUGAGAGAACAUUGAUGGAGGACGGCCACGAUCUCUCGAGGCCUCUCAAGCUGACGUUUGGCGGUCCUUCUCGGAACUGGACUGACGCCAUUCCCAUCGGCAAUGGUCGCCUCGGAGCUACGAUCUGGGGAGGCGUCUCUUCCGAGACUCUCAACAUCAAUGAGGACACAAUCUGGACCGGAGUACCAGCAGAUUACACGAACCCGAAUGCUCCAGAAGCAUUAUCACAAGUUAGGAACCUCGUCGACGAAAGAAAAUACGCCGAAGCUACUUCAGAAGCUGUCAAGUUAUCAGGCCAUCCUUCUGAUGUUUAUCAGAUAGUGGGAGAUUUGAAUCUACAGUUCGACAGCUCGCAUCGCAAGUACACUCAAGACUCUUACCGCCGUGAACUCGACUUGGAAACAGCACUAGCUAAAGUAAGCUACUCCGUCGGUUCCGUGGAGUUCUCUCGAGAGUUCUUCGCUUCUCAUCCGGAUCAAGUGAUCGUGGUCAAGAUCUCCGCGAGCAAACCGGGGACACUCUCUUUCAAAGCGUCUUUCGACAGUGACUUGCACCAUCACUCGGAGACUAAGGGGAAUCAGAUUCUGAUGCAGGGAAGCUGUCGCCCCAAGCGUCUUCCUGUGAACUUGAGCAAAAGCAUCAACGCCACUAAUAUUCCUUACGAUGAUCACAAAGGGCUGCAGUUUGCCGCCGUCCUUGAAGUGAGAGUGAGCAGCGGCGGCUCUGUGUCUUCCUUGGGUGGCAAGAAACUAAGCGUUGAUAAAGCUGACUGGGCGGUUCUGGUUCUGACUGCUGCGUCUAACUUUGACGGUCCGUUUACCAUGCCGGUUGAUUCCAAGAGAGAUCCCUCUAAGGAAUGCGUUGACAGAAUCAGCUCGGUCCAGAAGUAUUCAUACUCUGAUCUUUACGGUCGUCAUUUGGGAGAUUAUCAGAAGCUUUUCAACCGGGUCUCUCUUCAACUCUCUGGCAGUGGAGGUAAUAAUAAAACAGUUUCAACAGCUGAAAGGGUGCGAUCGUUUAGAAAGGAUGAAGACCCUUCGUUGGUGGAACUUUUGUUCCAGUAUGGUCGGUACCUUCUUAUAUCUUCUUCAAGACCUGGAACUCAGGUGGCUAACUUGCAGGGGAUAUGGAACAGAGACAUUCAGCCGCCAUGGGAUGGUGCUCCUCACCUGAAUAUUAAUCUCCAGAUGAACUAUUGGCAUUCUCUUCCUGCUAAUAUCCGGGAAUGUCAAGAACCGUUGUUUGAUUAUAUGUCUGCUUUAGCUAUCAAUGGCCGCAAGACAGCACAAGUGAACUACGGAGCAAGUGGUUGGGUGGCACAUCAAGUAUCAGACAUAUGGGCGAAAACUUCACCGGAUAGAGGUGAGGCAGUGUGGGCUCUAUGGCCAAUGGGUGGAGCUUGGCUCUGCACUCAUGCAUGGGAGCAUUAUACUUACACAAUGGAUAAGGAAUUUCUUAAAAAGAAAGGAUAUCCAUUGUUGGAAGGAUGCACAUCGUUUCUAUUGGACUGGCUAAUCAAAGGCAAAGACGGAUAUCUUCAGACCAAUCCAUCAACAUCCCCUGAGCAUAUGUUCACAGCUCCAGAUGGCAAACCUGCCAGUGUUAGCUACUCAUCAACCAUGGAUAUUGCCAUUGUAAAA